AUUCACCUUGUUGUUAUGACAACUAUUCAAGUUCUAGAAAUUUUCAUUAGAAAUUUGACUGUCAUUUGUCAUAUCUCACAGCCUGCAGACUGGGAGGAUAGGGAAUAUAUUGAUGAUCCUAGUGAGGUUAAACCUGAGGGAUAUGAUUCAAUUCCAAAAGAAAUUCCAGACCCAAAAGCUAAAGAGCCUGAUAACUGGGAUGAUGAAGAGAAUGGUGCGUGGAAACCCCCAAAGGUACCUAAUCCAGCGUAUAAAGGACCAUGGAAGCCCAAGAAAAUUAAGAACCCCAAUUAUAAAGGAAAAUGGAAGACUCCUUGGAUUGAUAAUCCAGAGUUUGAAGAUGACCCUGAUGUUUAUGGGCUUAAGCCAAUUAAGUAUGUAGGAAUUGAGGUUUGGCAGGUAAAGGGUGGGUCAGUUUACGACAAUGUUUUGAUCUGUGAUGACCCAGAUUAUGCAACACAAGUUGUGGAAGAAGUAUUUGCAAACAGGGAGAUUGAAAAAGAGGCCUUUGAGGAAGCAGAGAAAGUGAGAAAAGCACGAGAGGAAGAGGAAGCUCAAAGAGCAAGAGAAGAAGGUGAAAGGAGGAGAAGAGAGCGGGGUUAUGAUCGACGGUACAGGGAUAGAUAUAAGGACAGAUACAGAAGGGACCGUCGUGAUUACAUGGAUGAUUACCAUGAAAGCUUCAUUCUUUUCUCUACUUAUUUUUAUUGCCAAAUAGAGGUGGUAUUCGUCAUGACAAGCAUAUGUUUUUCUUCUACUGCUGAGAGUUCCCAGUAAUUUGUUCAACAUCCC